UAUCGCAUUAUUGUCAUUAGUGAGAUCUGUCUCCGUCUUUAAGCACUACUCUAGUACUAUCACUCACCAUCGUCGGCGCGAGCUCCGAAUUCAAUCGCGUAAAGAAGAAGGAGAAGAAAAGGAAAGUAAUGCAGCGCUCACUCUCCAUUAACCCUAAUAAGAGAAUCUCUGGUCUCCUAAUUUAAGGUGGCCAUUAUAGCGCCUGCGCACGGAACAGCAGUUGCAGCGUCUCGUUAUCUGUGCUUUGAAACGGAACCCGACUGAUCUUUCAUCAGAUCUCACAAGCCUAAUUGAUCAAUAAUAAAAAAUGUUGACGUGCAUUGCUCGAUCGAAGCAACGCGAAGAUGACUCAGUGAGUCAGUCGGAAGACAUGGAUACAACCACUACUCCGGGAUCAACCAAACAAGGCGUGAAAUCCCUGAGUAUUCAGCUGAGGGACAUGGCACUGAAGGCGUCGGGGCCAUACAGACAGUGUAACCCCUGCACAGGUCCGCCUACUCGGCUGCAGAGCAACAAAUCUGUAAAGUCCGAAACCGAAUCGGACCGCUUCAGGUGGUCGUACAGGAGGACGGGGAGUUCAAACUCGACGACGCCGCGGACUUGGGGGAAGGAAAUGGAAGCGAGGCUGAAGGGGAUAUCGAGCGGCGAAGCCACGCCGAAGUCCUUGAGCGGUCGCCACCCUCUCCCGCCGAUCAUCUUCACGGAGGAGAACGAGCCAAAGGAGUGGGUGGCACAGGUCGAGCCCGGCGUGCUCAUCACCUUCGUCUCCCUCCCUCGUAGCGGUAACGAUCUCAAGAGCAUACGGUUCAGUCGAGAUAUGUUCAACAAAUGGCAAGCUCAAAGAUGGUGGACGGAGAACUAUGAUAGGGUUAUGGAACUUUACAAUGUGCAGAGGUUUAAUCGCCAAGCUUUUCCUCUUCCUACAACCCCAAGAUCUGAAGACGAGAGCUCAAAGAUGGAAUCUGUUGAAGACAGCCCUGUGACACCGCCUCUAACAACAGAACAUUUACCUCGUAACUUGUACCGUCCAACAGGGAUGGGAAUGGGCUACUCAUCCUCAGAUUCGCUUGACCAUCAUCCAAUGCAAGCUCGUAAUUACUGUGAUUCUGGUGGUCUUACUUCAACCCCAAAACUCUCCAGCAUAAGUGGGGCCAAGACAGAGACGUCAUCAAUGGAUGCCUCUAUAAGAAGUAGCUCAUCAAGGGAGGCAGACCGCUCUGGAGAGCUAUCCAUGAGCAAUGCCAGUGAUCUCGAGACUGAAUGGGUCGAACAGGAUGAACCUGGUGUUUACAUCGCUAUCAGAGCUUUGCCGGGAGGCAAAAGAGAACUAAGAAGAGUCAGAUUCAGCCGAGAAAAGUUUGGAGAGAUGCAUGCUAGGUUGUGGUGGGAAGAGAACCGAGCCAGGAUACACGAACAAUACUUGUAAUUGGGCAGAUAUAGUGAUUGCUGGUACUUGAAAUAUUUUGGGGGUUGUUUUUUUCUUUCCUCUUCUGUGCUGCCAUAAAUAGUGAAGUCCCUUCUUCUACACUACAGAGAUCUGAACGGGUUGCCAGGAAUACAUCAACCUUGUACAGUACCAACUGCGAGGUUCCAACUUCAUAUGCUCUACCAUUUCUUCUGGAAAGUGAUUCAUGUACUCAGUCUAUAUCCAUACUUCCUUUUAUAUGUGGGUGGUCGACAAGAUAAUCUCAAUGAAAGAAAAUUUAUCUCAUGUUACAUCUU